AGUUCAGGAAACAGCACUUCGGAGAGUUUGCAAUCCUCAGAUCAGUGCAGCGUGUGUGUAUGUGUAAGACGCAGAUGGUGAAAAUAUAAAAUGCUACAGAUGCCAAGAAGGGACGGUGUUUUGCACCACACCAACCUUUGAACAAACGUAAGGUUGCGGAAUGCAGUCUUAAAAACGGAGGGAGAAUGCAAUGUCUGUGUGGCUAUUUCCUUGAAAUGAUUUAAAAAGCUGAGAUACAGAAGCAUUAGCAAAUCGGUGCCAGGAAGGAAGUCACCGUUUAGACCCAGUGCCGCGGAUCUAGCCUCGAACUCCUGCCCAGCACCCUUUAAACCCUCCCGGGACUGUGCAGAGCCGCUGAGCGCGCGCAGAGCCCAGCUCGGGGGAGGGCUUUGGGAUGAAGCACGUGACCCCCGCCUGUGCAGCCGGGGCCGGGAAGUUUGCGCUCCUGAAGUCCUGGAGCGCAGCGAGGGAGGGGCAGCGCCAGCCCGCGGGUGGGUGGCUGGGUGGGGGCGUGGGUGGGGGGCGGGGGUCCUCCUAUAAUUAGCUGGGGAAACGCAUCCGCGCCCCGCUUUUCGCAGCGGCAGCUCCGAGGGCACUUCGGGUUCUCCCCGAUCCUCCAGGGGCAGCUGGGCGCUCGGUCCGCUCUGAUCCCGUCGAGACCACCCGGGGCUGGCGGGAAGGAGAGGAGGCGUCUGCCGGGGAGGGCAGGGACCGGCUCAGCUCGUCUCCUGUGCGGUAGCGCUCCUUAAACUAUGCUGGGGACCAUCACGAUCACAGUUGGACAGAGAGACUCUGAAGAUGUGAGCGAAAGAGACUCUGAUAAGGAGAUGGCUGCUACGUCAACAGUUGAUCAAGACGUCAGAGACGAUGGGCAGGAGGAGACCCCCGAAAUCAUCGAACAGAUUCCUUCUUCAGAAAGCAAUUUGGAAGAGCUAACACAACCUGCGGAGUCCCAGGCUAAUGAUAUUGGAUUUAAGAAGGUGUUUAAGUUUGUCGGCUUUAAAUUCACUGUGAAAAAGGAUAAGACAGAGAAGCCUGACACUGUCCAGCUACUCACUGUGAAAAAAGAUGAAGGGGAAGGAGCAGCAGGGGCUGGCGACCACCAGGACCCCAGCCCGGGGGCUGGAGAAGCAGUCUCCAAAGAAAGCGAACUCAAACAAUCCACAGAGAAACCCGAAGAGACCCUGAAGCAUGAGCAAAGCCACGCAGAAAUUUCUCCUCCAGCCGAAGCUGGCCAAGCCAUGGAGGAAUGCAAAGAGGAAGGAGAAGAGAAACAAGAAAAAGAACCCAGCAAGUCUGCAGAGUCCCCAGCGAGUCCCGUGACGACUGAAACGGCAUCAACCUUCAAAAAAUUCUUCACUCAAGGUUGGGCCGGCUGGCGAAAAAAGACCAGUUUCAGGAAGCCGAAGGAGGAUGAACUGGAAGCCUCAGAGAAGAAAAAGGAACAAGAGCCAGAGAAAGACACAGAAGAAAAUGGAAAGGCAGAGGCUCGCUCCGAGCAGGCCCAGCCACAGGAGGAGGUGGAAAGCGCCCCCGAGCCCCUGUUAUCAGCUGAAUAUGAGAAAGUUGAGCUGCCCUCGGAGGAGGAGGUCAUUGGCUCGCAGGGACCUUCUGAAGACAAACCCGCUCCGCUGGCGACAGAAGUGUUUGAUGAGAAAAUAGAAGUCCACCAGGAAGAGGUUGUGGCCGAUGUCCAUGUCAGCACCGCGGAGGAGAGAACCGAGGAGCCGAAAAUGGAGGUGGAAGAAACGGCAGGGUCAGCGCCUGCUGAAGAGUUGGUUGAAAUGAAUGCAGAACCUCAGGAAGCCGAACCUGCCAAGGAGCUGGUGAAACUCAAAGACACGAGUGUUUCCGGAGAGGACCCUGCGCUGGGAGCUGACCUCAGUCCUGAUGAGAAGGCGCUGUCCAAGCCCCCUGAAGGCUUUGUGAGUGAGGUGGAGCUGCUGUCAUCACAGGAGAGAAUGAAGGUGCAGGGAAGUCCACUCAAGAAGCUUUUUACCAGCACUGGCUUAAAAAAGCUUUCCGGAAAGAAACAGAAAGGGAAAAGAGGAGGCGGAGACGAGGACUCAGGGGAGCACACUCAGGUUCCCGCCGAUUCUCCGGACAGCCAGGAGGAGCAGAAGGGCGAGAGCUCGGCCUCGUCCCCCGAGGAGCCCGAGGAGAUCACGUGCCUGGAGAAGGGCUUAGCCGAGGUGCACCAGGACGGGGAAGCUGAAGAAGGAGCUGCUUCCGACGGAGAGAAAAAAAGAGAAGGUGUCACUCCCUGGGCAUCGUUCAAAAAGAUGGUGACGCCCAAGAAGCGCGUUAGACGGUCUUCAGAAAGUGACAAAGAAGAUGAGCUGGACAAGGUCAAGAGCGCUACCUUGUCUUCCACCGAGAGCGCGGCCUCUGAAAUGCAAGAAGAAAUGAAAGGGAGCGUGGAAGAGCAAAAGCCAGAAGAACCAAAGCGCAAGGUGGAUACCUCAGUAUCUUGGGAAGCUUUAAUUUGUGUGGGAUCAUCCAAGAAAAGAGCAAGGAAAGGGUCCUCCUCUGAUGAGGAAGGGGGGCCAAAAGCAAUGGGAGGAGACCACCAGAAAGCAGAUGAGCCCGGAAAAGACAAAGAGACAGGGACAGACGGGACCCUCACGGGUUCCCAGGAACAUGAGCCCGGACAGGGCUGUUCAUCCCCCGAGCAAGCUGGAAGCCCUACUGAAGGGGAGGGUGUUUCUACCUGGGAGUCAUUUAAAAGGUUAGUCACGCCAAGAAAAAAAUCCAAGUCCAAGCUGGAAGAGAAAAACGAAGACUCCGUAGCUGGGUCUGGUGUAGAACAUUCCACUGCAGAUGCUGAACCCGGGAAAGAAGAAUCCUGGGUCUCAAUCAAGAAGUUUAUUCCUGGACGAAGGAAGAAAAGGUCAGAUGGGAAGCAAGAACAAGUCCCUGCUGAAGACGCAGGGCCAGCAGGCGCCAACGAAGAUGACUCUGAUGUCCCGGCCGUGGUCCCUCUGUCGGAGUAUGACGCUGUAGAAAGGGAGAAAAUGGAGGCACAGCAAGCACAGAAAAGCGUAGAGCAGCCCGAGCACCAGGCAGCUGCUCAGGUGUCCAAGGAGCUCAGUGACAGUCAGGGUCAUAUGGUGGCAGCAGCUGUCAUUGACGGGACCAGGGCAGCUGCCAUUAAUGAAGAAAGGUCUCCUUCAUGGAUAUCUGCUUUAGUGACAGAGCCCCUUGAACAAGUAGAACCUGAAGCUGCACCGUUAACUGGGGAGGUAUUGGAAAGAGAAGUCAUUGCAGAAGAAGAAACCCCCGAGGUUACUGAGCCUCUGCCAGAGAACAGAGAGGCCCAGGGUGACACGGUCGUCAGCGAGGUGGAAUUGACCUCCAAAGCAGUGACAGUGGCAGAAACUGCGGGGCCAUUGGGUGCCGAAGAAGGAGCCGAAGCAUCUGCUGCUGAAGAGACCACAGAAAUGGUGUCAGCAGUCUCCCAGUUAACCGACUCCCCAGACACCACCGAGGAGGCCACCCCGGUGCAAGAGGUGGAAGGUGGAGUACCCGACAUGGAAGAGCAAGAGAGACGGACUCAAGAGGUCCUCCAGGCGGUUGCAGAAAAAGUGAAAGAGGAAUCCCAGCUGCCUGGCACCAGUGGGCCGGAAGACACGCUUCAGCCUGGGCAGAGAGCAGAGGCAGAAAGAUCUGAAGAGGAUGCUGAAGCACUGGAUCUGAAGAAAGAGACGGAUGUAGCACUGAAAGUAGAUGCUCAGGAGGUGAAAACUGAGCCUUUUACACAAGGGAAGACGGUGAGGCAGACCACCCCGGAAAGCUCUGAAAAAGCUCCUCCAGCCACAGAGAGCGGAGAGUCCAGUGAGCUUGCAACCACAUGUCACGCCGAAACCUUAGCUGGGGGAAAAUCACAGGAGAUGGUGGUGAAACAGGCUCUCCCCGCUGACUUGGCAGAAACCCCUACAGACAGUGAGACCGAUGGAAGCACCCCUGUAGCAGACUUUGACGCACUAGGCACAACUCAGAAAGACAAGAUUGUGGAAAUCCAAGAGGAGAAUCAGGUCGCAUCUGGUACCCAGUCAGGGGGUGCAGAAGCAGAGGCAGUUCCUGCACAGACAGAGGGGCCCCCAGCACCUUCCAGUUUUGUGCUCCAGGAAGAAACUAAAGAACAAUCAAAGAUGGAAGACACGCUAGAGCAUACAGAUAAAGAGGAGUCAGUGGAAGCUGGACCUGUUCUGUCGAAGACGGAGGGGACCCAAGAGGCUGGCCAGUUUGCUGAUGAGAAAACCAAAGACGAACCAUUUGUCGAAGGACUGGAGGUGUCUAUAGACACAGGCGUAGCAGUCAGUCAGGAAAAGGUCACUGAAGUUGCCCUUAAAGAGGAAGUGACAGGAGAAGCUGAAUGUCAAAAGGAUGAUGCUACUGAACUGCAGAGUCACACGAAGUCUGCUCUGUCCCCCGUGGAGAGAGAGAUGGUAGUUCAAGUCGAAAGGGAGAAAAUGGAAGCAGAGCCAACUCCUGUGAAAAAAGAGAAACUUGAGCACAAAACAGCUGUUACCGUAUCUGAAGAGGUCAGUAAGCAACUCAUCCAGACAGUGAGUGUGCGCAUCAUAGAUGGGGCAAAGGAAGUCAGCAGUUUCGAAGGAAGCCCUCCCCCCUGCCUAGGUCAAGAGGAGGCAGCGUCCACCAAAAUUCAAGGUCAGAGCUCUGAGGCAUCACUAACUCCAACAGCUGCUGCAGAGGAGGAAAAGGUCUUAGGAGAAACUGUCAGCAUUUUAGAAACAGGUGAAAUGCUGGAGCCUGCAGGUGCACAUUCAGUUCUGGAAGAGAAAUCCUCUGAAAAAAAUGCAGACUUUACUGCUCAUGCAGGAGAAGAUGCUGUGCCCACAGUGCCCGAGGGUCAGGCCAAAUCGAUACCAGGGAUAGGGUCUGCCAUUACCGAAGAAGGCUUACAUUCCGACCUGGAUGGAGAGAGAACCACCUCACUGAAAUCGAAGUCAGAUGAAGCUGAUGAGCGGGUUGCUUGCCCGGAGGUCAGAGUGAGGGUAGCAAUCUCAGAAGAUUCAGAGCCUGAACAUAGGAUUCUGGAACUUGAGACCGAAAGCAGUAAACUUGUCCACAACAUCAUUCAGACAGCCGUUGACCAGUUUGUGCGUACAGAAGAAACAGCCACCGAAAUGUUUGCGUCCGAGUUACAGAUGCAAGCUCACCUGAUAAAAGCUGACAAGCAGGACGCUGGGCAGGUAUCGGAGAAAGAAGGAAGUGAACCUCAGGCCUCUGCACAAGAUGAACCACAAACUCUUACAGCCAAAGAGGAGUCAGAGCCAACCGCAGUGGGACAGACACAUUCCGAUACUUCAAAAGACACGAGUGAAGCUUCAGAAAAGACCAUGACUGUUGAGGUAGAAGGUUCCACUGUAAAUGAUCAGCAGCUGGAAGAGGUCAUCCUCCCAUCCGAGGAAGAGGGAGAUGGGGCUGGAACAAAGCCUGUGCCAGAAGAUGAGGGUCAUGCCUUGUUAGCAGAAAGAAUAAAGAAGUCACGUGUUGAACCCAAAGACGAUGAAAAAGGUGAUGACGUCGACCCUGAAAACCAGAACUCAGCCCUGGCCGAAACUGAUGCCUCAGGAGGCUUAACCAAAGAGUCCCCAGAUACAAAUGGACCAAAACAAAAAGAGAAGGAAGAUGCCCAGGAAGUAGAAUUUCAGGAAGGAAAAGGGCACAGUGAAUCAGAUAAAGCAAUCACAACCCAAACACAGGAGGAGAUGCAGAAACAAGAGAGAGAAUCUGCAAAAUCAGAACUUACAGAAUCCUAAAACAUCAUGCAAUUAAACUCAUUGUCUGUUUGGAAGACCAGAAUGUGAAGACAAGUAGUAGAAAAAAGUGAACGCUGCUGCUGAGACUGAAGACCAGUAUUUCAGAACUUUGAGACUCGGAGAGCAGGCACAUCAACUGAUCUCAUUUCCAGAGAGCCCCUGACAAUCCUGAGGCUUCAUCAGGAGCUAGAACCAUUUAACAUUUCCUCUUUUCAAGCCCACCCUACUGUUUCCCCUUGAUAGGCAUAUAAAUUCUGAUUUAACAUCCUAAAUUCUUAACCUGGAACUGGAGUUGGCAAUACCUAGUUCUACUUCUCAAACUGGAUUAUCGUUCUUUAUGUAUUUAUAUGUAUGUUUGAAGUAAUCCUCCUUCUGUAUCUAUUGUAUAUUUUUUUCUUAAUGUUUAAGGAAAUGUGCAGGAUACUACAUGCUUUUUGUAUCACACAAUAUAUGAUGGGGCAUGUGCCAUAGAGCAGCCUUGGGGAGCUUUAAGCCUCAGCUAUAACCCGCAAAAAACAGAGCUUCCUAGUAAUAACAUUCCUGAUCAAGGUACAAUUCGUUAAAAUUCACUAACGAUUAGGUCCAUAGUUAGUGGCAUUCUGAAAUGAGUCGCCUUCCUAUUUGGCACAGUGUGCUAAAACUAAAAAGCCUUUUGAAACAUGCAGAAUGUUCUCUCGUCAUUGGGAAAUUUUUCCUUCUAACCCAGUGGAGGUUAGAAAGAAGUUUUAUUCUGGUAGCAGAUUAACUUUCCAUCCUUUUUACAUCCUACUUGUUAUGGUUAUUUGGACCAAUGAGUAUUCUUAAUCCUGAGGCAGAGUAGCGAAAUGUUUUAUAUGUUAUGAAGAAGAGAAUUCACUGUUGUAAGUUUUUUUCUUACUGUUGUAAGAUUCUACUCUUACAUGCUGGACUGCAUUCACACAUGGCAUGAAAUAAGUCAGGUUCUUUACAAAUGGUAUUUUGAUAGAUACUGGGUUGUGUCUGUGCCAUAUCUGUGCCAUUUUAAGAACAAUGUUGCAACACAUUCAUUUGGAUAAGUUGUGAUUUGAUGACUGAUUUAAAUAAAAGAUUUGCUUCACUUAGA